UCCUCAAAAGUACAACAGCAGGACUUGAGUUCACAAACUGUUGCCUGUGUCCAUGUGCUACUGUUGUACUUCGUACUUAUGUCAUUUACUGCUGACAGGGAGUAAUUCCUGCUGUAAAAUAUGUUUAUAUGACUGUGGAAUCUUUUUUUUUUAAAAAGGCUGAGAAGAAACCAGAGAAAGCGCAUCCCUGCCAGACGGAUUCCUCUUCCCAAACAUUCUUUUGGUUUAGUCCCUCACUGGAUCAUGUGACAAAUGUGAAGAAAUUAUCGUAAUAUGAUCAAGAAUGCCUUUGCACUGAAUUAUUAUAUAAGAAGAUGGUAUGUAUUAACAGAAACUGUUGUACCAAGGGUCUCACUUUUUGAGCAGCUGUUAUUCUUUAUAGUCUCCAAGAGGGUUAUGGUCUAAUAGAUGUAUUUAUGUGAGGUGAUCUGUUUGCGGGGAAGCAAAGGUAGGGAACUGGAGCAAGAACAAGGGGACAGUGAUAGACAUAUGGGAAAACUAAUUAUAAAUAGUGGGCAUCAUCGAAGUUUGAGAUUGAAUUUCUAAUGGAGGACAUACCAAUGAAUGUUGCGUUCCUCUGGCUGUCAUGAAGUGGGACUUUGAGUCUGACUGUAGACUAGAGUGGGAGGUAAUAGGGGCAUUUAAUGCCACCCGGUAUCAAAGGGAUGAUGGAACAUCCCCUGCAUUACUUUGUAAAAUCUUGGUUGAAAAUUAAUGGAGAGCACCAGCAGCUGUAAUUGUUUCAGGAGCUGUAUCUCCCAGAAAAAGAAAGACUGGGGGCGGGGACUAAAAUACCUGUAAAAGUAAGACUGAACAAAGUUGGCCCUCCUGGUGGAACAGCAAAUAAAUACUGUACCAUAGCAUAAGUAAUCUGUUUUUUUUUUUUUUUUUUUGAAAGCAAUAACAAGCUUUUCUUGUCACCAGAAUUAUCGUGAUCUUGUUUCUAUGGAAACAGUUGAUUCUGUUGAUCUGUCAGACAAAAUGAAGGUUACUCUAUGAGGAGGGAAGAAGAUGGACUUCUUCAUGCUUCAGCCCUUCUCUUAUCCACCUGCUACUUCCUGAGAUCUGUUUCUGCCAUGAUUUUGGAAAGCAACCUUAGUCUUUGUAAACAAGUCCACCAUUCAAAACCCAAUGGAAAUACAGGUUACCUGUGAGAAGUAGAAGAAAAUCCAAACUGCAGGAAAGGGGUUCUGCAACCUCCCAAUGGCAUCCAUCAGUGAGCCACACUCAGAUCCUGCUUACGGGGCUGGCUGUUUGCCCUUGGUGAUGUCAGCCACAUCAGGAGUACUGCCCUUUGCAGUUUGCUGUUUGCUUCCUCUUUGAAUUUUCCUGAAGAGGUGUUCUCAUCUUUUCAAGCCCUGGAACACUUUUGGGCUAAGGGUUCUUUUUUGUUUGUCUUUGUUCUUUUUUUGUCAGAUUUUCAAACUUUUUUUGCCUAAGUGUUUUAGUUUUUUUUUUUUUUUUUUUUUUUCCAUCCAAGGAGAAGUUGGCUGGUUAUUACUAGGAUUUGGUGGGGUGUUUUUGAAUUGAAAAACUAAGAUAAUUACAUGGACAGCUUCGUCUCUCAGACCUGACAUCUGCUGCUAUGAUUUCCUUGGACCAAAUGCUCAUUAAUGCACCAUGUUCAUUUUUUUAACCCUCUUGAAGCAGGAAAUUGGAGUUAACAUAAGUGCUUUGGGACUUUGUAGCAGAAUUUAAAUGCUGGUACCCCAAGUUGAGACCUGGUUAGGAUCACUGUUUUAUUGAUUUUAAAUUUUUUCUAAUCCAUCACUGCCUUUUUCUCGUAAAAGUAGCAAGCGAUUACAGGGUAAUGGGAGAAAGUCAUGCCAGUGUUUUUGAAUCUUUUUGCAGAGUAAAAAUGAUUUAGGAAUCAAAAACCACAAUUGCUGUUUUGGAUUAGGAAUUUUUUUUCUUUUAAAAAAGAAAAAACAAACAUAUCAAUAAAACAUUCAAGAAGAGACUGAACACCCUACUGAGCUCUCAAGUGCAGUUGCUUGUAUCUGCCGUGCACAAGGGACAGGUACCAUAGCAGACAGCGAGUUCUUGCAGUGCCCUGCAGUAAGUGACCUGGUUGAGGGACCCUACCUGCUAUGACCUGUCCUGGCAGCCACAUCCAGGAGCCAUGCCCAUGUCCUUGUCUGAGAUGGCAGUGAGUCCGGUCAAGUCUAUGUUCUGGGAUGUAUUCCCCCCAAUGGCCACUCGCAGGGUGUACUGCACCCCUCUCUACCAAGAUGGGCAUCUGUAUGUGCUUGGCGGAUGCAGCGAGACAGGCCUGCCACUGGACAGCGUUGAGGUGCUGGAUGUGGCCUCACAGACUUGGACCCAACUGCGUCCACUGCCCACAGCCCGGGCUGGGGCUGCUGCUGUGGUGCUGGGCAGCAGGCUGCUAGUCAUGGGAGGCAUGGAUGCACAGCAGAACCCCCUAUCCUCCGUGGAGAUUUACAACCCUGAUGAAGGCAAAUGGGAGAGGAAGGCUAGCCUUGGUCAGCCCUCCAUGGGCAUCACUUCUGUGGAAAAAGAGGGGAAGGUGUAUGCUCUGGGCGGGAUGGGUUCUGACAUGAGCCCCCAGGCUCUGGUGAGAGUCUACGAGCCAGCCAAAGACCAAUGGCAGCCGCUGCCGUCCAUGCCCACUCCUCGUUAUGGUGCUGCUUCCUUCCUGCGUGGAAACAAGAUCUACGUACUAGGUGGUCGCCAAGGUAAAUUGCCUGUGACAGCCUUUGAAGCCUUUGACCUGGAGACUAGAAGCUGGACACGUUUCCCCUGCAUCCCCAGCCGCCGGGCGUUCUCCAGCUGUGCCACAACAGACCGCUGCUUCUUCAGCCUGGGGGGCCUGCAGCAGCCGGGGCCACAUAACUUCUACUCCCGGCCUCACUUUGUCAGCACUGUGGAGGAAUAUGACACCGAGCUGGGAGUCUGGAUCAAGCCAACACGGGCAUCUCGAAUGAAGGAGAAGAGGGCUGACUUUGUUGCUGGUUGCCUGGGUGGAAGGGUAAUUGCGGCAGGAGGCUUGGGUAACCAGCCAUCACCCCUGGCCUCAGUGGAGAGCUACAACCCUGUGAAGAAGCGCUGGGAAUACCUGGCCCCGCUUCCAAGCCCCCGCUGCUCCUGCGCCGGACUGCAGACCAGCCACAUGCUCUUCCUCAUCGGAGGCGUGGCCCAGGGUCCCAGCAAUGCCGUAGAGGCGCUCUGCCUGAGGGAGUGUGUGUGACGUAGUAUGUUAUGAGCGCGGAGCCUCCCUGGAUCCCGGCUGGACCUGUGCCGGACUUGUGCUGGACCUGUGCUUUACCCUUUCUGCACCCUUUCCCGUGAGACACAAAUGGGUCCGACAGAGCAGAAAACGCCGAAACAUUUGUCUGACUUACUUGCUCCGUUGGGGGGUAUUCUGCAUAAACAGGACUAAUGGGCCUGUCUACUCAUGUGAAAAUGUUUCUGCACUAUGGAAGUCUCGCACCGGAAAAUGAGCAAAAAAGACACCUUGGAACUGUACUUUUGAUUUCACAAUCAAAGCAGGGUACUCAUAAAAUAUGGAACACAGGGCCAUACAUGCAAAGCUGGUGCAACUGCAGUUUGCGCUAGCACAUUUAGCACUUUUUUACCUUCUCAAACGAACAAAAGAGGGAUUUUUUGCUAUUUACAGAGAUGCAUGUUGAAAAAUAGCACUGUUGUUGGUUUACAUGGAAUGAAUGCAAAGCUUGGAGGUCCCCUUUUUUUCCCAGGGAAAUGGCGGUACCAGGAGUGCUCUUCGGGUAGGGUCAGGGCCAGGGAACUGUGGCCCGCAGCAUCCAGAUGACCAUCUUGUGGCCAGUUUGGCUCCUGUGUGUGAACGUGGAGAGCAGCGAACUGUUGCGGUGGAUUCACACUACGCAGAAGCAGCUGACCCAAAACUGAACCGUGUAGCUGACUCAGUGCACAACAUGCCUCAGAGGUAUCCACACACCUUCCUGUUGACUCAGGAAGCUCAGCUGUUCCACUAUCAGUAGGAUGUCUGUCACAGCGGAGGAAAACUAAUAGUCUUUAGUGGUACUUCAAUGGUCUCUGUGUCCUUAUCUUUUUUUUGCCAUUUUCACAUCUUUAGGUGGAUCCCUUUUUACUUUCAUGCGCAUUUCCAUCGAUCAUGUGGAAGGCGCUGGAAAGUGGAAUAGAGGCCUCUGUUCAAAUACUCAGGGCCACUGCUGUCUCAGAACUUCUUUAGACCACGGAAGGUUUCUUUUGUGUGUGUUAGGAAUGUUGUAUGGAGAAAUGAUAAACAUACAUAAAACCCACAGCAAGGGAACGCAUUGAUCCUGGCCUGGAAGCAGGGAAUCAAUCCUGUGCCACCUGUCGCUCACAGUGUGCAUUUCCCAGCACCAUCACCUGAAGCAUCUUGAUCCCUCCACUCGCAGGCAUCUCCUUUGCACUAGAACCUACAAACAGCCAGUGAUGUGGCUUUUUUUAUUCCCAUUUUAUCACAUUGCAGCAGAAUACAGAUGAGGUAGGCACAAGUACAGAGGGUCUCAUCGGUGAGCUUUUGGUGUGUGUAGUUUGAUAAGAGCACUUUAUCGCAUAUGUUAAAUCCAUGUAAACAGAUUAUUUUGUUAAUUGCCAGAUGACUGCAUCUACAGGAAGCUGCAAUG